AAAAUCGUUUUCGGGGCGAUUGUAAACACAUAUAUUAGACAUUAGCAGUACAGGCGUUGCACAGGCAGCCUGUUCGGCGCGGUUUUAUUGAUACGAGCUGUGAUGUUGCACUCAUCGCAUGGUGACGGACAGGAAGGGGUUAAUUUUUUCCGCCGCCGACAUUUUUUUUUCGGCGCUCAACGACAACUUUUUAACUUAACAUGGGCCAAGAACUGUCACUGCGUCCUUCACCCGGAGCGCACCACACCCGCGCUGCGGCCCGCGUGGUGAAGACCCAGACUUUCUUCAGACAUGUCUGUGAGGGAGUCCUUCAACCCUGAAAGCUACGAGCUGGACAAGAACUUCAGACUCACGCGCUUUGCUGAGCUCAAGGGUACUGGGUGCAAGGUGCCCCAGGAUGUUUUACAGAAGCUGCUGGAAGCUCUACAGGAGAACCACUAUCAAGAAGAUGAACAGUUCCUGGGGGCGGUCAUGCCCCGAUUAGGCAUAGGAAUGGACACCUGUGUGAUCCCCCUCAGACAUGGAGGCCUUUCUCUGGUCCAGACAACAGAUUACAUCUACCCCAUUGUGGAUGACCCCUACAUGAUGGGAAGAAUUGCUUGUGCCAACGUUCUAAGUGACUUGUAUGCCAUGGGCGUGACGGAGUGUGACAACAUGUUGAUGCUUCUGGGAGUCAGCAACAAAAUGUCAGAGAAGGAGAGAGACAAAGUCAUGCCACUGGUCAUCCAGGGAUUCAAGGACGCGUCAGAGGAGGCCGGCACAUCUGUAACAGGCGGACAGACAGUGCUCAACCCCUGGGUGGUCAUGGGAGGAGUCGCUACGGCAGUCUGCCAGCCGAACGAAUUCAUCAUGCCAGACAAUGCAGUGCCAGGAGACGUGUUGGUGUUGACCAAGCCGCUCGGAACACAGGUGGCCGUUGCAGUACAUCAGUGGCUGGAUAUUCCUGAAAAGUGGAACAAGAUCAAGUUGGUGGUGACCCAGGAGGAUGUGGAGCUGGCCUACCAUGAAGCAAUGAUGAACAUGGCUCGACUCAACAGGACAGCUGCUGGCCUCAUGCACACCUUCAACGCUCACGCAGCCACCGACAUUACAGGGUUCGGCAUCCUAGGCCACGCUCAGACGUUGGCACGACAACAGCGAAGCGAGGUGUCGUUUGUCAUCCACAACCUCCCAGUGCUUGCCAAGAUGGCGGCCGUGUCGAAGGCUUGUGGGAACAUGUUUGGACUGAUGCACGGCACCUGCCCCGAAACAUCCGGAGGCCUGCUGAUUUGUCUGCCUCGGGAGCAAGCUGCCCGCUUCUGUGCAGAGAUCAAAUCCCCAAAAUACGGUGAGGGCCACCAAGCGUGGAUCAUCGGCAUUGUAGAAAAAGGAAACCGCACCGCGCGCAUCAUCGACAAACCACGGAUCAUAGAGGUGGCACCACAAGCAGCCACGCAGAACGUCAACCCGACUCCCGGUGCGACCUCUUAAUCCGCCUUUGCAUCACAGACCGGAAACCCCGAAACCUCUCCAGAGUGUUUGUUUUAGACACAUAAACUACAAAACCAUCCUAGGGUGUUUGAAAUAUAUACACAAAAUAGUAUGUACACAGAAAAGACUGCGUUGGCGUGUAUCUACGUGAGAAACAGCCCCACACAGUGGCCCAAGGGGCGUGUCGUCCCCCAGCGGACUCAAACUAGCAGUAUCCCAGUGACGUAACGAUUGACGAGAACGAGAGCAUACUUCAAAUCCAUUGGCCUUUUUAUGUCUGUUGUGUUCCGUUAUGCUACAUGUGUGCGAUCAGCAGGCAACUUCUGGUAAGAGGGCGAUAAGGACGAAGACAAUAAUAGGAUACUGUUGAUUCAUUUUCAAUCUUAGGAAGUCUGGUGUCUGCAACCUCUUUGGCUCUUUUAAAAUUGCUCUCAUCAAGCAGGCGGACCGCUUAAUUUUUGUUUGUCCAUUAACUUUGUACAGAUAUAAAGUCUUGUUUUAGUUCUUUGCCGUGACUGAUGCCUUGAAAGAAAGAGUGAACAGAAUGGUUUGUUUUUUAUUACUUUGACUUUUUGCAUUGUCCCCACCUAAACUAAUAAAUAUUAAAAUAGAAAAUGGCUUGUUUUUUGCCCGCUCUUUGGGAGCCGCAUUCAAAAAUCAAAUGUUUUUACAUCCAACAACAACUGAUGUUGAUUGUGCAUUGACGUGAAGUCACAGAUCAGGAGCUGAACCUUGUGUUAAAAACUUUAUUUAGGGUCAAAAAAGUUGUAUAACUAAGACCAAGCAGCCUGGGGGGUGUUUAUGAUUAGUGGUCAUGUGGUUUUCUCUCAAUGUUCCAGUCUGUCAAACACUUAAAAAAGCUUCCAGCUGAUCAAAGUCCAGAUUGGUUUUGUUUACCCUAGAAGUCUGAAUGAACCUGUAAAUGUUCAUAUGGAUACCAGGAGCACAAUAUGACAUUCACCCCACCUCUUACAAUAAACCUCUCUUAGUCAAUUCAUGCAUAAGAAUGGAAAAUAACUGUAACUAACUAUAUAUAAAUAUAUAGUAAAAAUAUAUAUAUAUAUACUUUAUAGAAUAAAUAACUGUUUACAUGUCCCCUGUUAAGCAUGAUUACAGAUUGAGAUGUAUGCAGGAUAAUGUACAUUUGAUAAAAAAAACAGCAAUUUUAUAAUAAAUAUUGUUAUGUUACAUGA